AUGUCAGACAUCGAGCAUGCCAAAAGGCUUGUUGAUGAAUCAUCUCGCAUCGUGGUUCUCACUGGGGCAGGCAUCAGCACGGACUCGGGCAUCCCGGAUUUCCGUGGGCCUGAAGGACUUUGGACCAAGAACCCCGGUGCAGAGGAAGCCUCAGACAUUUCGGUCUUCUUAACAGAUGAGAAUGCGCGAAGAGGGUUUUGGGGAAUGAUGCGGAUGAUGCACCAGGCUGCCAUCAAGCCCAAUGAGGGUCAUCAUGCACUGGUGCGCUUGGAGGAACGUGGCAAGCUGCUGCUACUGGUCACUCAGAAUGUAGACGGCUUGCAUCAAGCAGCAGGUAGCUCUCCUGACGCCGUGGUAGAAGUGCACGGCAACACUCAGGAGAGCUGCUGCUUGAGCUGCUCUGAACGUCGUCCCAUCGAGGAAGCGCUGGAGGAGGAAUUGCCCUGCUGCCAGAGCUGUGGUGGCUUGUUGAAGGCCAAUGUAGUGCUCUUCGGUGAAGCCUUGCCGCCCAUGGCCAUGCCCCUGGCAAUGGAGGCCGCCCAUGGCUGUGAUCUGAUGCUCUGCGUGGGGAGUACUCUGUCGGUGUAUCCUGUGGCGUCUAUCGUACCUGAAGCCAAAGAAAGUGGUGCCAAGCUGUUGAUCUUGAACAAAGGCCCCACCGAGUACGACGAGCUGGCAGACGUCCGGCUCGAAGGACGAGCGGUCGACGGCCAGUCCCGACGCAGCGCCUUCAGCGGGUGCGAGCAGUGCGAGCAGUUCGAGCAACAGCACCAGCAGUUCGGCCAAUGCGACGAACUCCAAGACGAGCUCUUCAUCCUCAAACACUUCCAGCUUUUGGGCUGA